AUGAGCAAAAAAGAUAUACAUCCUCAAUGGUAUCCAGAAUCUAAAGUUUAUUGUGAUGGCCAACAUAUUAUGACAAUUGGUUCAACUAAACCAGAAUUACAUGUUGAUAUUUGGUCUGGAAAUCAUCCAUUUUUUACAGGAUCACAACGAAUUAUAGAUACAGAAGGUCGUGUAGACAGAUUUAUGCGUAAAUAUAAUUUAAAAGAUGUAAAUAGAAUUAUUAAUUCGUAA